AUGCCGGGGCCAUGGUGCAGAUCAGGAGCCCUGGGCGACGGGGAGCUCCUCGCGGAGCUCAUCGUUUCAGAUAUGAUAGAGGCGGCCGCCUACGACGACGACGGGGCCCCUCAAGGUACGUACAUACUUCGAGCACUUCAUGGAGACUGCGCUCCGGAAGGGGGCGUGCUGCUCACAGCGUGCUACCUUGCAGCGGAAGACGACUAUUAUAAUUUUUGGAUGCGGUCUGGAGGCCGCCCAGAGAAGGAAGUCUACCACGUGUGCGCAGAAGGUGGCUGCAGGAAAGGUCCGCUCGGCCGGAUCCACAUCGAGUCCUGGAGGCCAGCAAGCCGCGAGGACAUCGAGUUCGACAGGCUCGCCUGGGCGGCGAAGCCGGGGCUCAAGAAACGAAUUCUUGAGGCCCUUGACGCGGCCAGCGCGGCUAGCCAGGAGGGCGGCGACAACGGCCGCGACGGGAAGGCGAAGCCGCCGGCCAGGGGAGAGUGGCCAGGCAAACGCCCGGCGGCGGACCCACUACAGGCUCGGGACAAGUCUCCGCCCGCUGGGCGCGGGGCCCCGGACGGAGCGCUGUGGGCUGGAGCCCGCCGCGUGCAGCCCCGAGGAGGGGUGAGGGAAGAGCUACACGAGCUCCGCGCGGGUCUGGAGGGCGGCGCCGGCCGUGACGGGGCAGACCGGCGAGGCGAAGCCGUUCCCCCCGGGGAAGUGCGGACCGUCGCUGUGACGCGGCCCCCGCCGCCGGCGCAGGCGCGCCGGCGCCGCGCGGAGCCCCUGGCGCCCGCAGCCCGCGCCGCGAGGCGCCGAGCCUGCGCCGCAGGGAGCAGCGCAGCCCUCGCCGCGACGCCGCGAGGCAGCGAGCCCGCGGCGCGGCGAAGGGCCCAGCCCGCGCCGCCGCGAGGCACCGAGCCUGCGCCGCAGGGAGCAGCGCAGCCCGCGCCGCGAGGCAGCGAGCCCGCAGCGCGGCGCGGGCCCAGCCCGCGCCGCCGCGAGGCAGCGAGCCUGCGCCGCAGCGAGCAGCGCAGCCCGCGUCGCGAGGCAGCGAGCCCGCGGCGCGGAGAGCGGCCCAGCCUGCGCCGCCGCGAGGCAGAGAGCCCACGCCGCAGGGAGCAGGGCCCAAAGGAGCGGUCGAGAGACAGGUCCCACCGGCGCCGCCGCCAAAUGCGGGCCCGCUCCAGCUGCAGCGACAGCGACGAGGCGGGUUUUCACAACGCCUCGACCCCAGGCGACCGCUCGAGCACCACGCAGGGGCGGUUGAUGCGCUUUGCGCGCGAGAACCAAGGCAGGCUGGCCAGGAAGCUUCUCUGGAAGAUGGCCAGCAAGGUUACUCCUGGGGGAGAGGCGGACUCCGACGACUCCGAGAACCAGACGGGGGCUGCGCCGGCAGUGGUUUCGUCGUACCACCUGAGGGUGCUCUCCACGCAGCAGCCGCCCCGCUCGAAGCGCAACUCGAACGAGAUGCGCCUCAUGUGCAAGAUCCUCGACCUCCUCAGCCGCGAGAGGGUUUCCCGAGCCAUGGACUUCGCAGCCCAGCACUUGAAGGCCAUCGAGCAGUCGGUCACGGAUGGGGGCUGGACCCGGGCCCGCUUUCUCGAGUUGUUCGAGGAGGAGGGGCCAUCCUUGGUCAACAGGGGCGAGAAGUACAUGAUGCGAAAAGAAGUCAGAGCCGAGCAGCAACUUGCUCUCCGGAGCGGACCUGGCCCGAAAGGGGGGUCUAAGGGCAGGCGGUCAGACGACGCUGGCCCCGCGGGCUACGGGGCGACGGAGCACCGCGGCAAGGGCGAACCCUCCCACGGGAAGGGCUUCAGCUUCGGCGCGGCUUCGAGGAGCAAG